GACAAACCAUGUUUACACAAACACGGGUUGAAUUCUAACAUUGAAGAUAAGUUUGUUGAUAUCACGGUUGAUAUCUUGUGAACUCAUAAUUUCCGGCUCACGGCGUAAACACUACGGACAGAUGAAGUAAUAUCUCAAUCACAAGUAUUGUUAAGUGUAGCCAGACGUUGAAGAUCGUGCUCUUAAGCGCGACGAAUAUUCAUACAUGCUGGACAUGGAUGGCUAUACUAAACUAGCUUUUGUGGCUGUUUUCUUCACUUUCUUUUUUACAGAUGUUGUACCAGAUUCUUUGUCAUAUCCAAGUGACAAAGAAGUAAGAGAAUUUCUAGGACUUAAUCCAAAUUGCAUUGGAUGUACUGAUAAGCGGAUAAGGCGUGAUCUGCUAUUAAAUUCUGAAGAAACAUCAAUUCAUCAAGAAAAUGUUCAAUUUUUUGAUGAUUGUCCUGUGAGUGUCCCAAUUGUUAGCUGUGAUAGAAACUAUUGUAAUGCAAAAUUAUGUCCAGCUCAUCCAACAGCUAAAUGCAAGUUGAGUUUGUGUGGUGAAUGCAAGGCAGUUUUUUUUAUCAAUGACAAGAAAGUAGAUUGUUAUAACUUUGAUAACACAAAGCCAGCAUCCACUUUAUCUACCUCCCAAGUUUCAAAGACAGAAUUAAAAGUUGAAGAUCGCUGUGGUCCAGGUGUACCACUUGUUGGUUGUAAAGGAAAUCCUUGUUUGGAUGCUCAAUGCAGAGGUUAUUCGAAUGCAGAAUGUCGUGUAAACUUGUGUCGAACAUGUAAGGCAGUAUUCUAUGUCAACAAUCAACAAGUUUUUUGUGAUAAAGAAUCCACUAUCUCAACUCCCUGCCAAAAUGAACUUAGAAUAGAUCGUUUGAGCAAAAAACGUAACAAAUUUAUAGUGACAUGUAAAUCUAAUGGGGAUUACAGACCUCUUCAAUGUUGGCCAUCUGUUGGACUAUGCUGGUGUGUAAAUGAACAUGGAAAAGAAGUUUUUAGCAGUAGAACUUAUUUUCCAAACAAACCUAACUGCACUAAAUUGGCUGAAAAUUGUCGCAGAAAAGAGUUUGGAUGUUGUCCUGAUGAAGUCACUGCUGCACAAGGUUUUCAUUUUGAAGGGUGUCCAGGUGUCAAGAAUUGUGAGUACACUACUUAUGGUUGCUGCCAAGACAGACGAACAAUUGCUAAAGGUCCAAAUGGUGAAGGUUGUCCACGAUUGCCAACAAAGUGUGAAUAUCUUCAGUCCAAAAACAGCUUUAUUGGUGCAUUCAAACCUCAGUGCGAUGAAGAAGGAAAAUUCAAGCAAGUGCAAUGUUGGGGUACUAUUGGACAAUGUUGGUGUGUUGACAAGGAAGGUCGUGAAUUAGGAAGAACUAGGACCGAAGGGAAAAUGCCUAACUGUGCUGCUGCUGUGUGCAAAGACGAAAGACAAGAUUGUGCUUCAUAUGUCAACUUUUGUCGUCAAAUGCAUCACUACAUGUCGGUGUAUUGCAGAAAAACUUGUGGUUAUUGUACUGAUGGCACUUCAUCCAAAUACGUGCCUAAGAGACCUGGCUGCUCAAGUCCAUAUGGAUGCUGUUUAGACUACAUUACACCUGCCAAAGGACCUAAUGAUUACAUGUGUCCAUUAUUCGCUUCUGUAUGUGACAUGCCCAAAAGAACCGGAGAGUGUCGUGCAAGAUUUCAAAAGUGGUAUUACGAUCCUGCUGGUAACGAGUGCAAACGUUUUGUUUAUGGUGGUUGUCGUGGUAACGGGAACAGGUUCGGGACGCGGGCUGAUUGCGAAGAGAAGUGUUUGAAAGAAAUUGAACAACCGAACACAACCACGCCACCUCCACCGGUAAAAGAUGGUAUUUGUUACCAGCCGUUGCAAGAAGGAGAAUGUGGAUCAACCUAUCAGAGAUAUUAUUAUGAUCAAAGAAAGAAAAGUUGUGAGGUUUUUAUUUAUUCUGGGUGCGGAGGUAACGACAACAGAUUUCAAACAAAAAGAGACUGUGAAAAUAGAUGUAUUCACAAUUUAGCUCCUCCUACAACAUCAGGAGCCAAUCCUACAAAUGCUGUUGGCGGGCCUGUCAUUCCUGGAUGUGACAGUGAAUUUGGUUGUUGCUCUGACGGCGUCACUCCAGCUAUCGGAAGAGGAUCAUUUGGUUGCCCACGGUAUGCCUCAUACUGUCACAUGCCUGCAGCUACUGGCCCGUGUGAAGAAUAUUUACCACGCUUUUUCUACGACGUCGACACGAAGCGUUGCGAAGUGUUCUUUUUCGGUGGUUGUGGAGGCAAUAAAAAUAGAUUUGAGAGUGAAACUGUCUGUAACUAUGAAUGUAUUUUAAAAGAAAAAGCAGACACCACUACACCGCUUCCAAAACCAAAAUCUACAACAACACCUCAACCGAAAAGACAGACAACUCUUAAAGCAACUACAACUUCUAGUACUGCCACAUCUACUGCUGCCACAUCUACAGAAGCUACUGUGGAGAAAGAAUUAAGAACUACAAGAAAGACAACCACUACUGCAGCCGCGACAACUUCAUCUUCAUCAACAAAAACUAAAACAUUAAAAAUCACAACUAAUAUAGCUGUAGCAACGCUUACAGAAUGUCGAAAAAGACAGGAGGUAUCGUUGAAAAUCAGUCUUUCUGAUGGUCAAAAAUUUUAUUACCCAAAUUGUACUUCAGAAGGCAAGUUCAGCUCGAUCCAGUGUUGGAACAAGUAUUGCUGGUGCGUGGAUCAAGAUGGGAAUGAGAUAGGAGGAACUAAAACCAGCAGCGUUCCAGUUUGUCCCAAGCCUGAAUCCAAGGUCUGCAAAGAUGUUGAACCACAAAAAUGUUUACGCUAUGCUAAACCACGUUAUUGUAAACGCUACAAGCAAUUCAUGAUUAAAAGAUGUCCCAACGCUUGUGGAUUCUGCAAUAAUGAAGUUGAAAGAAAAGGUUGUCAAAGCAGUUAUGGUUGUUGCAGUGAUGGAGUCACUCCAAGAAGAAAAAAUAAAAGUAAUUGUCCAAAAUACUCAAAUAUAUGUCUCAUGCCAAAAGCCAUUGGAGGAUGCUCAGGUUCAAUAGAGAGGUUUUAUUACAACGCUGAAACGAAAUCAUGCCAGCAUUUUACCUACUCCGGAUGUCAAGGUAAUAUGAAUAAUUUCUUAACUCUUCAAGAAUGUAAUAAUAGGUGUAACGGUAAAGAAACAAGUACACUACCCCCUACUUCUACCACUACAAAAACAACAACAUAUACGUCAGCAGAAACAUCAGCUACAUUCCCAACACCUAUGCCACCUGAGGUUAUUACCGAAUCUGACAGAGAUGUGGACACAACUUCUGCGAUACCAAAUACACUACCAAUUACACAUGCUAUAACGGAAACCUUCCCUCAAGUGAAGACGAAUCAAGACUCCACCACAGUCACUGCAGAACUAAAAACGAUUGCUUCUCAAAAAAUUACCGCUGAUGUUACAGACAGCAUGGUACAGACCACUGCCACCCUAGAAACAAGCACAGCUGACACUGCUCUUUCAACUGGAACAACUACUGCUGGUAGUACCAACAAAGAAUCCAAUACUGCUACACCUAAGGCAACUGCUACUAUAACUGAUCACGAUGUAACAAUAACCGCCUCACAUGAAACAACUGCUGCUGUAACUGAUGGCGAUGUGAAAACUACUGCUGCUCCUGACACAACUCAUGUUGUGACUAAUGGCGAUGGAAAAGCUACUGCCUCUCCUGAAAUAACAUCUAUUGUCACUGAUGGUGAUGCAAAAACUACUGCUACACCUGAAAGAACUUCUAUUGUCACUGAUGGCGAUGUAAAAGCUACUGCUGCUUCUAAAACAACUGCUGUUGUAACUGAUGGAGAUGUGAAAACUACUGCCUCAGCCGAAACAACUUUUAUUGUCACUGAUGGUGAUGUAAAAACAACUGCUGCACCUGAAACAACUUCUAUUGUCACUGAUGGUGAUGUAACAACAACUGCUGCACCUGAAAUAACAUCUAUUGUCACUGAUGAAGAUGUGAAAACAACUGCUACACCUGAAACAACUUCUAUUGUCACUGAUGAUGUUGUAAGAACUACUGCUUCACCUGAAACAACUUUUAUUGUCACUGAUGAUGUGGUAAACACAACUGCUGCGCCUGAAAUAACAUCUAUUGUCACUGAUGGUGAUGCAAAAACUACUGCUACACCUGAAGCAACUUCUAUUGUCACUGAUGGUGAUGUAGAAACAACUGCUGCACCUGAAAUAACAUCUAUUGUCACGGGUGGCGAUGUAAAAACUACUGCUGCACCUGAAACAACUUCUAUUGUCACUGAUGGUGAUGUAGAAACAACUGCUGCACCUGAAAUAACAUCUAUUGUCACGGGUGGGGAUGUAAAAACUACUGCUACAUCUGAAACAACUUCUAUUGUCACUGAUGGUGAUGUAACAACAACUGCUGCACCUGAAAUAACAUCUAUUGUCACUGAUGAAGAUGUAAAAACAACUGCUACACCUGAAACAACUUCUAUUGUCACUGAUGAUGUUGUAAGAACUACUGCUUCACCUGAAACAACUUCUAUUGUCACUGAUGAUGUGGUAAAAACAACUGCUGCGCCUGAAAUAACAUCUAUUGUCACUGAUGGUGAUGCAAAAACUACUGCUACACCUGAAACAACUUCUAUUGUCACUGAUGGUGAUGUAGAAACAACAGCUGCACCUGAAAUAACAUCUAUUGUCACGGGUGGCGAUGUAAAAACUACUGCUGCACCUGAAACAACUUCUAUUGUCACUGGUGGUGAUGUAAAAGCAACUUCUGCGCCUGAAAUAACAUCUAUUGUCACUGACGGUGAUGCAAAAACUACUUCUACACCUGAAACAGCUUCUAUUGUCACUGAUGGUGAUGUAGAAGCAACUGCUGCACCUGAAAUAACAUCUAUUGUCACGGGUGGCGAUGUAAAAACUACUGCUGCACCUGAAACAACUUCUAUUGUCACUGGUGGUGAUGUAAAAACAACUGUUGCGCCUGAAAUAACAUCUAUUGUCACUGAUGGUGAUGCAAUAAAUACUGCUACACCUGAAAUAACUUCUAUUGUCACUGAUGGUGAUGUAGAAACAACUGCUGCACCUGAAAUAACAUCUGUUGUCACGGGUGGCAAUGUAAAAACUACUGCUGCACCUCAAACAACUUCUAUUGUCACUGAUGGUGAUGUAGAAACAACUGCUGCACCUGAAAUAACAUCUAUUGUCACGGGUGGGGAUGUAAAAACUACUGCUGCACCUGAAACAACUUCUAUUGUCACUGGUGGUGAUGUAAAAACAACUUCUGCUCCUGAAAUAACAUCUAUUGUCACUGAUGGUGAUGCAAAAACUACUGCUACACCUGAAACAACUUCUAUUGUCACUGGUGGUGAUGUAAAAACAACUUCUGCUCCUGAAAUAACAUCUAUUGUCACUGAUGGUGAUGCAAAAACUACUGCUACACCUGAAACAACUACUAUUGUCACUGAUGGUGAUGUAGAAACAACUGCUGCAUCUGAAAUAACAUCUAUUGUCACGGGUAGCGAUGUAAAAACUACUGCUGCACCUGAAACAACUUCUAUUGUCACCGGUGGUGAUGUAAAAACAACUACUGCGCCUGAAAUAACAUCUAUUGUCACUGAUGGUGAUGCAAAAACUACUGCUUCACCUGAAACAACUUCUAUUGCCACUGAUGGUGAUGCAGCAACUACUGCUUCACCUGGAAUAUCUGAUGUUGUGACUGAUGGCGAUGUAAAAGCUACUGCUGCUUCUAAAACAACUGCUGUUGUAACUGCUGGCGUUGAGAAAACUACUGCUUCAGCCGAAACAACUCCUACUGUAACUGAUGGCGAUGUAGAAACUACUACUUCCUCUGAAACAACUGCUCUUGUGACUGAUGACGUUGUAGAAACUACUCUUGGUCCUGAAACAACGGCUGAUGUAACAGAUAGCGAUGUAAAAACUAGUGCUUCUCCUGAAUCAACUGCUGUUGUGACUGAUGCUGUUGUAAAAACUACUGCUGCUCCUGAAGUAACGGCCGCUGGAACUGAAGGCGAUGUAGAAACUACUGUUUCACCUGAAACAACUGAUGUUGUUACUGAUGGCGAUAUAAAAGCUACUGCUGCUUCUAAAACAACUUCUAUUGUCACUGAUGGCGAUGUAACAACUACUGCUUCACCUGAAAGAACUUCUAUUGUCACUGAUGGUGAUGUAAAAACAACUGCUGCAUCUGAAGCAACUGCUACUAGAACUGCUGCAGAUGUAAAAACUACUGUUUCUCCAGAAACAACUGCUGUUGUGACUGAUGGUGAUGUAGAAAUUACUGCUACUUCCAAAACAUCUGCUGCUGUAACUGAUGGUGAUAUAAAAAUUACUGCUUCAGCCGAGGCAACUGUUGCUGGGACUGAUGGCGAUGUAAGAACUACUGCCUCACCUGAAACAGCUUCUAUUGUCACUGAUGAUGUUGUAAGAGCUACUGCUUCACCUGAAACAACGUCUAUUGUCACUGAUGAUGAUGUAAAAACUACUGCUACGCCUGAAAUAACAUCUAUUGUCACUGAUGGUGAUGCAAAAACUACUGCUACACCUGAAAUAACAUCUAUUGUAACUGAUGCCGAUUUAAAAACUACUUCUGCGCCUGAAACAACUGCUGCUGUAACUGAUGGUGACGUAAAAACAACUGCUGCACUUGAAACACCUUCUAUUGUUACUGAUGGGGAUGUAGAAACAACUGCUUCAACUGAAACAACGUCUAUUGUCACUGACGGUGUUGUAAAAACAACUGCUGCACUUAAAACAACUUCUAUUGUCACUGAUAAUGUUGUAAGAAAUACUGUUUCACCUGAAACAACAUCUAUUGUCACUGAUGGUGUUGUAAAAACAACUGCUGCACCUGAAACAACUUCUAUUGUCACUGAUGGUGAUGUAACAACAACUGCUGCACCUGAAAUAACAUCUAUUGUCACUGAUGAAGAUGUGAAAACAACUGCUGCACCUGAAACAACUUUUAUUGUCACUGAUGAUGUUGUAAAAACUACUGCUGUACCUGAAAUAACGUCUAUUGUCAGUGAUAGUGAUGUAGAAACUACUGCUGCACCUGAAAUAACAUCUAUUGUCACUGGUGCUGAUGUAAAAACAACUGCUGCACCUGAAAUAACAUCUAUUGUCACUGAUGGUGAUGUAAAAACAACUGCUGCAUCUGAAGCAACUGCUACUGGAACUGCUGCAGAUGUAAAAACUACUGCUUCUCCAGAAACAACUGCUGUUGUGACUGAUGGUGAUGUAGAAGUUACUGCUACUUCUAAAAUAUCUGCUGCUGUAACUGAUGGUGAUAUAAACACUACUGCUUCAGCCGAGGCAACUGUUGCUGGGACUGAUGGCGAUGUACAAACUACUGCCUCACCUGAAACAACUUCUAUUGUCACUGAUGAUGUUGUAAGAGCUACUGCUUCACCUGAAACAACGUCUAUUGUCACUGAUGAUGAUGUAAAAACUACUGCUGCGCCUGAAAUAACAUCUAUUGUCACUGAUGCCAAUUUAAAAACUACUUCUGCGGCUGAAACAACUGCUGCCGUAACUGAUGGUGAUGUAAAAACAACUGCUGCACUUGAAACAACUUCUAUUGUCACUGAUGGUGAUGUAGAAACAACUGCUGCAACUGAAACAACGUCUUUUGUCACUGACGGUGUUGUAGAAACAACUUCUGCACCUGAAACAACAUCUAUUGUCACUGAUGAUGUUGUAAAAACUACUGCUGUACCUGAAAUAACGUCUAUUGUCACUGAUAGUGAUGUAGAAACUACUACUGCACCUGAAACAACUGCUGCUGUAACUGAUGGUGAUGUAAAAACAACUGCUGCACUUGAAACAACUUCUAUUGUCACUGAUGGUGAUGUAGAAACAACUGCUGCGGCUGAAAUAACAUCUAUUGUCACUGGUGCUGAUGUAAAAACAACUGCUGCACCUGAAAUAACAUCUAUUGUCACUGAUGGUGAUGUAGAAACAACUGCUUCAACUGAAACAACGUCUAUUGUCACUGACGGUGUUGUAAAAACAACUGCUGCACUUAAAACAACUUCUAUUGUCACUGAUAAUGUUGUAAGAAAUACUGUUUCACCUGAAACAACAUCUAUUGUCACUGAUGGUGUUGUAAAAACAACUGCUGCACCUGAAACAACUUCUAUUGUCACUGAUGGUGAUGUAACAACAACUGCUGCACCUGAAAUAACAUCUAUUGUCACUGAUGAAGAUGUGAAAACAACUGCUACACCUGAAACAACUUCUAUUGUCACUGAUGAUGUUGUAAAAACUACUGCUGUACCUGAAAUAACGUCUAUUGUCAGUGAUAGUGAUGUAGAAACUACUACUGCACCUGAAACAACUGCUGCUGUAACUGAUGGUGAUGUAAAAACAACUGCUGCACUUGAAACAACUUCUAUUGUCACUGAUGGUGAUGUAGAAACAACUGCUGCACCUGAAAUAACAUCUAUUGUCACUGGUGCUGAUGUAAAAACAACUGCUGCACCUGAAAUAACAUCUAUUGUCACUGAUGGUGAUGUAAAAACAACUGCUGCAUCUGAAGCAACUGCUACUGGAACUGCUGCAGAUGUAAAAACUACUGCUUCUCCAGAAACAACUGCUGUUGUGACUGAUGGUGAUGUAGAAGUUACUGCUACUUCUAAAACAUCUGCUGCUGUAACUGAUGGUGAUAUAAAAACUACUGCUUCAGCCGAGGCAACUGUUGCUGGGACUGAUGGCGAUGUACAAACUACUGCCUCACCUGAAACAACUUCUAUUGUCACUGAUGAUGUUGUAAGAUCUACUGCUUCACCUGAAACAACGUCUAUUGUCACUGAUGAUGAUGUAAAAACUACUGCUGCGCCUGAAAUAACAUCUAUUGUCACUGAUGCCAAUUUAAAAACUACUUCUGCGGCUGAAACAACUGCUGCCGUAACUGAUGGUGAUGUAAAAACAACUGCUGCACUUGAAACAACUUCUAUUGUCACUGAUGGUGAUGUAGAAACAACUGCUGCAACUGAAACAACGUCUUUUGUCACUGACGGUGUUGUAGAAACAACUGCUGCACCUGAAACAACAUCUAUUGCCACUGAUGAUGUUGUAAAAACUACUGCUAUACCUGAAAUAACGUCUAUUGUCACUGAUAGUGAUGUAGAAACUACUACUGCACCUGAAACAACUGCUGCUGUAACUGAUGGUGAUGUAAAAACAACUGCUGCACUUGAAACAACUUCUAUUGUCACUGAUGGUGAUGUAGAAACAACUGCUGCGGCUGAAAUAACAUCUAUUGUCACUGGUGCUGAUGUAAAAACAACUGCUGCACCUGAAAUAACAUCUAUUGUCACUGAUGGUGAUGUAGAAACAACUGCUUCAACUGAAACAACGUCUAUUGUCACUGACGGUGUUGUAAAAACAACUGCUGCACUUAAAACAACUUCUAUUGUCACUGAUAAUGUUGUAAGAAAUACUGUUUCACCUGAAACAACAUCUAUUGUCACUGAUGGUGUUGUAAAAACAACUGCUGCACCUGAAACAACUUCUAUUGUCACUGAUGGUGAUGUAACAACAACUGCUGCACCUGAAAUAACAUCUAUUGUCACUGAUGAAGAUGUGAAAACAACUGCUACACCUGAAACAACUUCUAUUGUCACUGAUGAUGUUGUAAAAACUACUGCUGUACCUGAAAUAACGUCUAUUGUCAGUGAUAGUGAUGUAGAAACUACUACUGCACCUGAAACAACUGCUGCUGUAACUGAUGGUGAUGUAAAAACAACUGCUGCACUUGAAACAACUUCUAUUGUCACUGAUGGUGAUGUAGAAACAACUGCUGCACCUGAAAUAACAUCUAUUGUCACUGGUGCUGAUGUAAAAACAACUGCUGCACCUGAAAUAACAUCUAUUGUUACUGAUGGUGAUAUAAAAACUACUGCUUCAGCCGAGGCAACUGUUGCUAGGACUGAUGGCGAUGUACAAACUACUGCCUCACCUGAAACAACUUCUAUUGUCACUGAUGAUGUUGUAAGAGCUACUGCAUCACCUGAAACAACGUCUAUUGUCACUGAUGAUGAUGUAAAAACUACUGCUGCGCCUGAAAUAACAUCUAUUGUCACUGAUGCCGAUUUAAAAACUACUUCUGCGGCUGAAACAACUGCUGCUGUAACUGAUGGUGAUGUAAAAACAACUGCUGCACUUGAAACAACUUCUAUUGUCACUGAUGGUGAUGUAGAAACAACUGCUGCGGCUGAAAUAACAUCUAUUGUCACUGGUGCUGAUGUAAAAACAACUGCUGCACCUGAAAUAACAUCUAUUGUCACUGAUGGUAAUGUAGAAACAACUGCUUCAACUGAAACAACGUCUUUUGUCACUGACGGUGUUGUAAAAACAACUGCUGCACCUGAAACAACAUCUAUUGUCACUGAUGAUGUUGUAAAAACUACUGCCUCACCUGAAACAACUUCUAUUGUCACUGAUGUUGUUGUAAAAACAACUGCUGCACCUGAAACAACAUCUAUUGUCACUGAUGAUGUUGUAAAAACUACUGCUGUACCUGAAAUAACGUAUAUUGUCACUGAUGGUGAUGCAAAAACUACCGCUGCACCUGAAACAACUUUUAUUGUCACUGAUGGUAAUGUAAAAACAACUGAUGCGCCUGAAACAACGUCUAAUAUUACUGAUGGUGAUGUUAAAACAACUCCUGUACCUGAAAUAACAUCUGUUGUCACUGAUGGUGAUAAAACAACUGCUGCUGCACCUGAAACCACUUCUAUUGUGACUGAUGGCGUUGUGAAAACUACUGCUUUACCUGAAACUACUGCUUCUACAUCUAAAAGUCAGGAAGGCACUUCUGUUUUGCCAAAAACAACUGUUACUGUAACUGUGGGCAAUGUAAAAACCGCUGCAGCCUCGACAGUAGAAAGCGAAACAACUGACGCCCCUACCAAGCAUUAUAUUGUUGACACUUAUGACCGGAUAUUUGGUAAAACAUCAACUCAUAUUCCGGUUGUCGAUGUUACGACGUUGCCACGCAAGGAAGUAUGUAAGCUCGCAUUUGAUCGCGGGAACUGCAACGAUGGUGAACCAAGAUUUUAUUAUAGUGCUGAGUCUGAUGCAUGUCUUUUAGAUACUUACAGUGGCUGUGGAGGAAAUGGUAACAAUUUCAAAUCGAUAACAGAAUGCAUGUCGACAUGUUCAGAACGUAUUCCGACUUCAACAACAACUGCACCUGUAUCUCUGAAUUGUAAUAGUGACUAUGGUUGCUGUCUGGAUGGUGUUACUCCAGCUCUUGGCCAAAAUUAUACAGGAUGUCCAGAAUACUCGUCUGUUUGUGAAAUGCCAGUUACUACUGGUCCCUGCAAAGCUUCCAUAACACGCUGGUAUUAUGACAAAGAAACGGAAGCGUGUAAAUCUUUCAUAUGGGGAGGAUGCGAUGGCAAUGGAAACAACUUUCAAACCAAAACACAUUGCAGCGACACCUGCUCGAAUGACAACUUUUUGGGAAUAAACCAUCGUAUUGAAUCAGAUUUAGAAUCUGUGUCUGCAGUACUGAUACCUGGAUGCAAUGCUAAUAGUAAUUUCGGUUGUUGCAGUGAUGGGCUGACACCUGCUACUGGUCCAAACCAACAGGGUUGUCCAGUGUACGAGACAGAAUGUGAUAUGCCAAGAGUUUCAGGUGAUUGUGGUGAAAGAACAGUGCGUUAUUAUUACGAUCGAAGCAAAAACGUAUGUUCCAGUUUUAUUUAUUCCGGUUGUGGUGGAAACAAGAAUAAUUUUGAAGAGUCUUUAACUUGUUUGCGCAAAUGCAAGAAAGAUAAGUUAAUCUGUGCAGACACAAUAAGAACAUCGGAAUGCGAAGCAUGGAAAGCAAAAAACUACUGUGUUCUUAAAUCAGUACUUUUGGACAUAUACUGCCCAAAAACGUGCAAUCGGUGCACGUAAAUUUAACCAUUCGAUGACGUAUGACACGAAUGUAGACAGAACACACGGAUGUGAAUAAUCGAACGCAGGAGGGAUUGUUUAGCGUUUUCUUGUGGCAGCUUUUCAUUUAUAGAAAGAAAAGAAUUUUCGUUACUCGAUUGACCGACAUCCACAAUGCAAGAGUAACGCCAUGCACAUACUCUUAAUGUUCAAUAGAAAACGCGUCUGUUAGUAUGGACUUCAAAAACACGUUUAUCCCUUUGUCAUAUUUUUAUAUUUUUGUAAUUAAAUUUAGCUAGCUUAUUUUGUCUAAUUCUUUUAGUUUUCAAUUUUAUCAUUUUUAUAUACAUUGCAAAAAUUUAUUUACAAGACUUGUAAUUUAUUUACAAGACAAGAAGAAAGCCUGCUUUGUAUGAAGGAAGGUUAGCUACAUAUCCCAAAAGUUGUAUUUAUUGUUCGCCUUUGCAAAUUUUGUUCUCAAUUUCUUGUGAUACUGGACACAAGGGUAAAAUAGUGAAAUAUAUUCUAUAAAAAAUCGAUUUUCGCAAUGCACAGCCAAAACAUUGUGAUGUUAUGUGCAGUGGUUACAAUUCAUGAAUUUUUUUUUACUUCUGUUACGUUUUAUUUGCGAAUACCUUUUUAGUAUUUUCUAAAUUCAUCACGUAGACUAUUUUUCUGUCAUGUGGACAGGGUCGUAUACAUAAUAUGUAUUGGUUUAAUAAUACUGUUAUGUGGACAGAAUAUUAGUUAUUCAUAUUGGAAAACGUAAAAUCAUAUUGGAUUUUUUGUUUGUAUUUAAAGCGUUUGUUUAUAAUUUAUUUCAACGAUA